AUGCUUGAGGAAUGGUCUCCGAAUGUGCUUGUUAGCGACCCAAUGCUCAUAUACCGUGCGAAGCGAGAGGCUGCUCGACGGCGUGUCACCGAUAAAUACUCCAUCCUAGGCUUCAUCUCAUCAGGAACGUACGGGAGGGUGUACAAGGCGCAAAGCAAGGAAAGUGACGGACGAAUUCAUGCCAUCAAAAAAUUCAAGCCGGACAAGGAAGGCGACGUUAUUACCUACACCGGUAUCAGCCAGAGUGCAAUAAGGGAAAUCGCGCUCAAUAGGGAGAUAUCCCAUGAGAAUGUCGUUUCAUUGAAAGAGGUCAUACUGGAAGACAAGUCUAUUUACAUGGUAUUUGAGUAUACGGAACAUGACUUCCUACAAGUCAUCCACCAUCAUUCGCAGACCCUUCGAUCGGGUAUAACCUUGCCAGUUCUAAAGUCGCUGACAUAUCAACUUCUCAAUGGAUUGCUGUAUCUUCACGAAGCACAUAUCAUUCACCGUGACCUCAAGCCCGCAAAUAUCCUCAUUACUUCCUCUGGUGUCGUCAAGAUCGGGGACCUUGGAUUGGCCAGACUGACUCAUCAGCCCCUUCAGCCACUAUUUGCUGGAGAUAAGGUCGUUGUGACGAUAUGGUAUCGUGCACCUGAGCUACUGCUCGGUGCAAAACAUUAUAACAAAUCAAUCGAUAUCUGGGCUGUCGGAUGCGUCAUGGCGGAACUUGCCAGCCUGCGACCGAUAUUUAAAGGUGAGGAGGCGAAGUUAGACUCGAAGAAAAAUGUGCCAUUCCAGAAGGACCAGCUUCUCCGGAUCUUCGAGGUAUUGGGCACACCAGAUGAGAAAGAAUGGCCUGGUCUGAAGGACUUACCUGAGUAUCAGAAUAUGAAACGUCUCGAUGUAUUUUCUAAUCAUUUACUUGAAUGGUGCCAAGGACGCAUAAGAUCUCAGGGAGCCCAUGAUCUCCUACGCCAGCUGUUUGCAUACGAUCCGGACCGUCGCCUCACUGCGAAAGAAGCUCUCCAACACAAAUGGUUUCAAGAAGACCCUUUGCCGACCAAAAACGCGUUCCAAUCACUUCCCCCGAGGGAGCUACCCCCGCAACGGCGCAUCACACAGGAUGAGGCGGCCUCUAUGCUACCCCUUCCUGCGGCCAAUUCAAUGGCCCAGGCGCCGAUUUCGCAGGUGCAGGCACAAGGCCACGCACACCUGUCUCAGCAGCUCAGUCAUUCACACUCUCAUUCAGGAAGAGCAGGGAGCGUGGCUAGCUUUGCGAGUCUCAGUGGAGGUGCCGCUGGUAGUGGGCAUACGAGGAAGAAGACCAGGAUGGCUUGA